GACAGGACCACAACAUACUUAAUGAGUUGGCCUGGAACAUGAUGCAUCUUUAUAUGAAUUUAACCUUGAAUAUUCUCAAUCUUAUCUAGUUCAGGUGAAACUCCAAGGGCUGGAAUGGCACAACAUUUUAUAGUUUGAACAAGAUGAAAAAAGCCCAUAACCAUUGCCAAGUGUGGGACACACUGCUGACUGAAAAGAGCCGAAGAAGCUUGAUUAAUAUGGCGUACAGUAAUUAAUUCAUAAGAGCAUCCAAAGUUCAGAAGAAUCUGCCGCGUUUUAAUGACUCCGAAACUACUUGUCCAACCACAGUUAGAGCGAAACAAGUUAACAAUGUGCGCCUGUGCUGAGCAAUGAGCGCAGCUUGUGUGAGUUGGCGUGUUCUCAGAACCAGUAGUUACGUCGUGCCGGGUGGAUAGAAUAGUGGUUCAGAUAAAGCAAUAGAGACCCUCAAAUAUGAACGACACAGACAAUGUGAUGUAAUGUAGACGGAGAAUGAAUUUGAUAUAACAUUGUUUUGCGUCGCGCACUUUUGGUAUGCAAUGUGGAUUCAACGGUGGGUAUUUUUGAACUGUUAGGUAUGUUUGGAGGUACCGUUUUCGUCAUGCGUUACGAUCGGCAAUCUACUAACCGGGAAAGUUGUUCUGUUUGAUCUGGAGAAGAUGCAUUUAUUCCGGAGUCACAAUUACCGAGUGUUCCCGAAUCAUUUCUCUUUGGAAACACCGACCAUACGAGGCAUCAGUUGGACCCCACUUCCAGAGGCCCUUGAUACCCAGGACACCAUGAAGCAGUUUCUGACAGAUCGUAUUCUAAAGGCAGCGAGGGUGGUGUACAGUGCCUUGGUGGAACGGAACCCUGGCCUGAUAAGAGACAGGAAACAUCACCUCAAAACCCACAGACAGUGUUGCUCAGGAAAGGAGCUGGUUGAUUGGUUGAUGAAGCUCAAUGAAUGUUUCCAGUCACGUAGCCAAGCAGUUGGGAUGUGGCAAGUUCUGGUGGAUGAAGGGAUUGUAGUUCACGUGAAGCAAGAAUUAAACUUCCAUGACAAGGACACUCAAUUUUACCGCUUCCUGGAGGCGGAGCAUGCCCUGAACCACACAAGCGAUGAGAAGGACUGGGAGGACGAGCUGCAGGAGGGCCUGUCACUGCUGCUUCAGAUGGGCCCUGACGCUCUGCUCACCAUGAUCCUGCGCAAAUGCCCCAGUCAGAGGAGUUCCGAGGACCUGGAAGUCAUCUAUGAGGAGUUGCUCCACGUCAAAGCUGUGACCCACCUAUCCACCUCGGUGCGUAAGGAGCUGGCAGCCGUGCUGGUGUUUGAGUCUCAUGCCAAGGCAGGAACAGUGUUGUUCAGUCAGGGAGACAAAGGCACAUCAUGGUACAUCAUCUGGAAGGGCUCAGUCAAUGUCAUCACACACGGCAAGGGUCUGGUGACAACGCUCCAUGAGGGGGAGGACUUUGGCCAGUUGGCUCUGGUGAACGAUGCCCCCCGUGCUGCCACCAUCAUCCUGAGAGAAGACAACUGCCACUUCCUCAGAGUGGACAAACAGGACUUCAUACGCAUCCUGAAGGAUGUUGAGGCUAACACAGUCCGUCUUGAGGAACAUGGAAAAUCUGUGCUGGUGCUGGAGAAGAGCUGUGACCCUGGUAGCCAGGGAGGGUCAGGGAACAACAGCAAGUAUACAGUGAUGUCUGGAACACCAGAGAAGAUUCUGGAACACCUGUUGGAGACAAUCAAGCUGGAUACCAACAGCAAUGAAGCUAUAGAUCCCUGUGUGAGUGACUUCCUACUGACUCACAGAGUCUUCAUGUCCUCCAGCCAGCUCUGCCCAGCCCCUGAGCGUACCUACCAUGCCGAGCUCUCGGAGGGCUCUGAAUUGGAGAAGGCAGCCUAUACACUCAACACCAAGCAGAAGAUAGUGAAGCUGGUCGGCCAAUGGGUAGCUCUCUUUGGCGUGCUGCUCAAAGACGACGCCAUCGCCGUCGACUUCCUGGAGGGGCUGAGGGAGGAGAUGGCAGAAGACUCCCGUCUGUCCUGUAUGCUGAAGGACCAACUGAGGGAUCGCAGGAGAACCAGACUGCUUGAGAACGGUUACCAGUCACUAAUUAAGGCCAACCAUCAAUUUGAUUGGUUCUCCAGUUGUGAGGAGCCAAUAGGGAAGUGCCAGCCAAUCAGAGCACAGGACAAAGUGUUGUAUGAGAUUUUCCGGUUGGACCAUAAAUCAGUCACACUGAUGCUGCCAGUCAACACAUCUGUACAGGAUGUGAUGUCCUCAGUGGUUAACCCCGGAGGUGACCAUGUCCUGGUGAAAAUGAACUCAGUGGGAGACCGGGCUCAGCUGAAGCAGGAUGCCACAGCAGUCUACACCUCUCUGGGCUUCAAUGAGAGGCUCUUCCUCUGCACCGCCAGCCAGGUGGAACUACUGACGCCCCUGAAGGAGCAGCUGGGCCCAGAGAAGGGCACCAUGGACAAGUUGGAGCAGAUGUGCUCCAAGGACAUCGCCAGCCAGCUCACCAACUACGACUGGGAGCUGUUCACGGCCAUGCACGAGGUAGAGCUGGUCUACUACAUAUUUGGUCGUCAUAAAUUCCCUGGCAGCACCACGGCUAACCUGGAGCGUUUUGUGCGACGCUUCAACGAGGUGCAGUACUGGGUGGUUACUGAACUGUGUCUAUGUGAGGACCUGAUGAAGCGUGCAAUGCUGCUCAAGAAAUUCAUCAAGAUAGCUGUUGUUUUGAAGGAGCAGAAGAAUCUUAACUCAUUCUUUGCUGUGAUGUUUGGUCUGAGCAACAGUGCAGUGCAGAGACUUUACAAAACCUGGGAGAGAGUGCCGAGUAAAACCAAAAGGGUUUACUGUGCCUAUGAGAGAUUAUUGGAUCCCUCUCGCAACCACAGAGCCUACAGACUAGCUGUGGCCAAACUCGGCCCUCCCUACAUUCCCUUCAUGCCUCUCCUGCUCAAAGACAUGACAUUCAUCCACGAGGGAAACAAAAACUACACAGAAAAACUUGUCAAUUUCGAAAAAAUGCGCAUGAUUGCAAAGACAGUGAAGAUUGUGCGAAGCUGCAGAAGCCAGCCUUACGUGCCGUCAUCCCCACAGAAAGGUCUGGCAGACCGCAUGUUUCUGGAGGCACCUUCCAUUCGCAUAUCCACAUAUUCAGACCAUUCCCUGUCUCUGCGGACAAACAGCAGUAUCUGCCACUAUGUUCAGAACUUCAGCGUAAUCGACAACCAGAAGAAGCUGACACAGCUGUCCAGAUCAGUGGAACGCUAAGGCCUGAGCAAGCCUGUAACCCCCGUUUAAUUAGCAUAGCCCAUCUCUGAAUCAGAGGGUGGCUGGGCUACUAGGGAACAUUAUCUGUGCAGUGACAUUGAUUGGACAUCAAUAGAGACCAAAGAGGAAGAAGUUAGCGAGAACAGCAGUGACCUCUAGUGCCUUAGCAGAGAAGACAGUCCUCCUCCCUCACUGUUACUGAUGGCACUGCUGGGAUAACAUUCCACUCACUACACUCCUAUGGAAUAUGAAUAUCCUUGGCAUUAGCUGUUGUGCUUCAUUUGUUUAGUCCUUUUUUGUAAUAUUAUUUAACUUCAAUAGAAUAACAUACAAGCAUCUAUGUGAGCUAUAGAACUUAUUGUAGAGUUCAAAUAAUGGACAUCAUACGAAUGUGUUUUGUUACCGGAAAACACAAAGUGUUAAGUACAAGUUGUCACCAUUAUUUUUUAUAAAUAAAUUAUUUGGAAGUCA